AUGAGCAAGGGCCAAUCCACGCUGAAGUUCAACAAGAACUUAGUGCCGUCCGUGCAGGAUGCCAUCUCCUCGGCGGAUCUGGUGACUCGUCUGGCGCAGCUGCACGAAGAGCUGUCGAUGCUGGAGCAGGGCCAGGUGAAGCUGAAGUCGCUAGAAAAGUGCCGGGCAGACCUGAUAAAUAAGAAGCUGGUGCGGAGCAAGGAUACGGGGGUGCAGGCGUUUACGGCGUGCUGCCUGAGCGACGUGCUGCGAUUGUACGCGCCGGACGCGCCGUACAACGAGGACGAGCUGGCAGAGAUCUUCGGGCUGUUCAUCGGGCAGUUCCGGCUUCUGGCAGACCCCGAGAACGGGUACUACGUGCAGCAGACGUACCUGGUGACGCGGCUGCUGGAGUUCCGCUCGAUUGUGCUGAUCACGGACCUGUCGGGCUCUGCGAAGCUGAUCGAAGAGAUGUUCGAGGUGUUCUACGACAAGGAGCGCAACACGUUCGAGCCGAAGCUGACGAAGAUCAUUGGCUCGCUGCUCGGGGAGACCAUCUCGGAAUGCGACACUGUGUCGAUGUCUGUGCUGCGGAAGAUCUUCAACAAGUUUCUGACACACGAUUUUGGCCCGCUGCGCUCCCUGCAGGCCUCCGCGCGCGACCCGGCCUUUGAUUUUUCUCUGACGAUCUGCCAGUCGUACAGUAACCGACUCGGGCGGCAAUUCACGAAGUUCUACUCCGAGAUCCUGUACGGGAUUACGAACCCUGGCUCGGCCGGCUCAGGCGAGACCGCGGGCCUGCAGUCGACACUUGACUCGGAGUUCAAGACUCUUCUGAAACUGCAUAAACUUACGGCCAACAUAUGGGAGCAUGUGCCGGAACUGCUGGGCUCCGUCGUCGGAUUUGUGCAUCAGGAGUUAUGCUCAGACAAUGUGCCGCUGCGAAUUGGGGCUACGCGACUUGUAGGUGAUUUGUUAGCCGCACCCUCCGCUGCCAACUUCGUCACGAUGCAUACGGACACAUAUAAUGCCUGGAUGUCGAAGAUAGCGGACAUAGACGCCACGGUGAGGCGCGAAUGGGUGAAAGCCAUACCUAAGAUACUGGAUAACAGGUCUGAUUUGGCAACAGAUAUCUGCAAAGGGCUCAACAAGACACUAAUGGAUACCGACGAUGUGGUUAGACUAUGCAGCUUAGAAGCGCUGAAAGAACUAACAGUCCCCACGAUCUGGGAGAAUCUCAGAGAUCCAACGUUAUAUACCGAAUUGUUGCAGCUUACCAGAGAGAAGAACAAAGACAUUAGGGAGACAUGUAUCAAUGUUGUGACCAAUCUUUACUCGGAGUCACUCCAAACUAUACCACGCACCCAAGUCAAUACAGAAGUGUGGGAAGUGGUGGACAAGGUUCCCUGCGUUCUGUUUAAUUUAUACUACAUCAAUGACACAAAUAUUAACUUCCAGGUUGACAACGUAAUUUUUGAACGCCUCUUUCCACUCCAGCCGGACGAUUCCGUACGUGUACAGAGGUUACUGCAUUUAUUAAAAAGCUUUGACCAGAAGGCUUUCUCUUCCUUCUAUGCCUUCAAUAAGAGGCAGCUACAGAUGAGCACUGUGCUCACAAAAUUUAUUGAAUUUUGUGAUAUUAUUAACUCAGGAGAGGCUGAAAACGAAAUAAGACUGAAGCUAAAUAAAACUAUUGAGUGGCUUGUAUUUAGUCUUCCCACUCAGAUAGACUGCAAGGCCAUCCUGGAGAAGUUUACGGAGUUAAACGAUAGACGGAUACAGCACCUCAUUAAAGUAAGCAUCGCCAGAGAUGUAAAAUACUCCACCAUGAAAAACUCUAUUACCGAACUGUUCUCUAGACUAAAAGAUGAGGAGCUCUUUAGGAAGAAAGGUGUCAAGAUUGGGUCGUCUUUUACAAGAGAUGCAUUCCAGGCCGUUAUCAAAGUUUUAAUUUACAGAUCUGCGCCAUUGAUUUAUAACACUUCCACAAUCCCUCUCUUACUUGGAACUGCAGGUGAUUCCAAAGAAUUGGAAAUUAAAAAACAGCUAGUAGAACAUAUAUCGAUUGUUAACCCAUCUGUUUUUAAGGAUCAGAUGGAAUCAUUAAAGGAGAUUGUUAAAAGAUUAGAUGAUCCGUCUAGUUCUCCGGAAGAAGCAAUGACGACUUACGAAGCAUUGAAGACUAUGUACAAGAUUUCGAAAUCUCUGCCAGAUAGUUUUGAUGCGAGUGAUGAGUUUUUCCUCACUAGGCUAAAGGAUUUUGCGGUUGAUGGCUCGGCUACAGAAGCUAAAUACGCGGUAAAGCUGAUAGCGUUAACGCCAGGGAAAACCGAAAUACUGAAAAGCAUUAAGACUCAAAUUUUACCAUUGGACAUUUCGAGAAGUAAAAACUUUGAGUCUCAUGUGUGUGUCUUGGCGCAGAUUUUCAAGAUCGAGCCUCGCAUAUUGGAAGAUGACUCGACUGAGAUAGUGGGCUAUCUGAUAAGAAACGUAUUAUUAGCUAACCAGCGCGUCGGAGAUCUCAAAAAGGACAAUACAAUAUGGGUCUCUGAUAUGCAGUUAGAGCAUGAAGAGUACCUACCACUAGCCGCUAAAUUAUAUUCUUUGAAGUUGUUCACUAAUAAGCUGCGGUCGAUUGCGGAUGAUGUAAACCAUGACGAGAUUGCGCAAGCUUUGACAGAAAAGACUAUGAAAUUAUUCUUUUACUUAUUGGCAAGCGGAGGUGAGCUAGUGUCAGAAGACAACGAGGAGAAUUAUCCAACACCGAAUGCCUACCAGACAAAGUUAAGGUGCUCCGCUGGUCUUCAAGUACUGAAGACGGCUCGGAUUCCGAACUUUAACAGGUUUAUUUUGCCCCCUGAUGUUAUGAAAUUGGUUAAUUUAGUAGAGGACGAAUGUUUGGAGGUGAGGAAAACCUUUUUGGAUCGCCUAAGGACCUAUAUUGGUAAUGAACAUAUCUCUAUAAAAUUCUUACCACUGGUAUUCUUUAUGGCAUAUGAACCAGAUUCGGAAUUGAAGCAAAGUAUCAAGACAUGGAUAAACUUUACUUUUAACAAGCCCGCCUUCCAGAAGGGUACAUUCUUCGAGCGAGCAUUACCCAGACUAGUGCAUUGUAUUGCUCAUCAUCCUGAUGUUACUGAUGGGUUAAACGACAAAGAUGAAACAUAUCUGAAUAGCGUUGCAACAGCCAUUGACUACUUGAUAUUCUACUUUGACGCCGUUGCCACCCAACAGAAUAUUUGUUUGCUUUACUAUUUGGCCGGUCGGAUAAAGCAAUACAAGGAUAAUAUAGAGGAUGAAUCCGCAGCCGAAUCCCCACACGGACGCAAUAAUGCUUCACAUAUUUAUGUCAUAGCAGAGCUCGCCCAAUUGAUUAUGUCUGAGCUUAAAAACCAACGGGGGUGGAAUCUACCAGUCUACCCUGGGAAGCUAAAUCUGCCUUCUGACCUUUAUCAGCCAUUCCCCAAUAUGGAAGAGGCGCAAAGAAACGCGUUCAUGAGCUAUAUAUCAGACCAGCAUGUUGAAACACUGACAGUAAAUAUAAGGGCCAAAGUAUCGCGCCUCUCUAAUCGCGCCAAUUCACAUCGCCAAGGGCAGAGGAAGAGAAUUCAAGAAGCGCAACGGCCAUCAUCAGCCUCAUCUAAAACUAAGAAGAAGCGCAAAGUUGUCGAUGAGGGAAGCGAGGACGAAGAUACACCAAGCUCUGCAGGUGACUACAGGCCAAAGAGUAGGAGCCUCAAUGCAGGCCCAGUAAGGAAAAGCUCAAGGCAACGCAAAAAUAUCAACUAUCAUGAAGAAAAUGACGACGAGUCUGAGAACGAAGGCUAA